CACAUUAAUCCAUUUGAAUAACUGAUCGUUUAAGUGUGUUGUUUGAUUCGAGAGUCCUGUAAUUCUGCAUUUAUGAAUGUUUAAUUCAAGCUAUAUUGCUAAUAAUAGCAUAUAAUAUAUACAAUAUAUAGCAAUAAAAGAUCAGGUACAGACUUACUGAGUUGCAGACUUACAGUAUCACAAAAACAACCUAAACCACAUUUACAUGCAACCAAAUAAUCAGUUUAUAAUCCGACAGAUAGCUCAAUCGGAUUGAAAAGUCUUCAUGUAAACACAAAAAUGGUCCGAUUGAGCUGGAUUCGAAUGGAAUUUCCAUCCAAUUGAAAGGGGUUGUGUAGAUCUAAACUAAUCAGUUUAAAAGAAAAAUAUUAGCCAUGUAAACGUUUGAAUCCAACUACUUUCAACCGGAUUCUAAAAUACCUUGUGCUCAUGCACAGAGCAGUGGUGCAUAUGUAUGUUUUAGAGAUGAUACUUGUCAUUGGAACCUAAUUUAUACAAAGUAAUGACAAAACGCUUUACUAAGGGUAUGCAGGCUCGCACUGAAUACUCUCAGGGCACAUAUGUUCUUUCAUGACAUCACAUAAAUCAAAAAAGAAUGCUGUGUCAUUCUUAAUAGGGACUUUAAGCAGCAGGUACGGUUACGGCGUUCUGUGUUCCAUUGUGUGUACGUGAUUUCACUCACUUCCUGACGUCGAAACCAUAAUUUCUAAAGCGUUUCUUCUAAAGCAACUUCUUUGUGACAGUCGAUUGAACGUAACAGAUUAGGAAAGUAAAUGUAGAGGCCAGACCAAGAUAGCGGCGUGAGUAGACGCACAUGUGCUAGCGCUUAAACUCAUUUUGGGUACCUCUUACAAACAUUAAUGUAAGACAUAAGUCACACUUGUUUUUGAUUACAUUGAGGUUCUUGAAAAGACCCACGGUUAAUUAUCAGUUCUGGAGUUUUUUGCUUGAAUAGAAGAGACUGAAACCUGUCAUGGACUUGUCAGCCCUUGAAGAGAUGGACAUUGAAGCUCAAAAAAUGACAGAGAAAAGACUUAUCAGCGAAACACACUCCUACAUUUGUCAAAGCAAAAAGGGGGGUGAAUGUGAUUCGUCUCCAAAUACACCAUCCAAAGCACCCCCUCCGAAGAAACACGCACAAGGUGACGAAACGGAUGAUUAAACGUUAAGUCAGGUACAACAAAGCAUCAUCCAAAUUAUCAGACAGUCAUCUGAUGAGAUAAAAAAAAUAUGGUGAAAGAAAAUUCGGCAAGCAUCAACCUGUUGAAAGAAGCAAUGGAAGUGGUGCAUUCUGAAAUAUUCGACAUUCAGAAGGACAUAAAGUUCUGAAAAAAACAAAAAACGAAGUGACUUCGAACCGGGUUUCUCAAUUGGAGGACAGAAUAAACUAUCAAGAUCGGUACUGUCGCAGAUGGAAACUUCGAUUGGAAGGGCUGAACGAGUUCACUGAGGACAACGUUAAGACUCGGGUGAUGGAGAUCUGCAAAGCGGUGGUUGCCGAGGAAGAACGUAACUUCGUAGCGUGCAAUGUGGGUAUUGCACAUCGCCUUGGAAGACCCAGCGCAGACAACAGCAAGGGAAAGACACCAAGGCCAGUGAUAAUAAGAUUUGCUUCCAGAACAGCGCGAAACCUCACAUGGAAAGGAGUCAAGGGAAACGGCAUUCUCAAGAAAUACAAGAUGUACUUCAAAGAAGAUUUCAUGACGAAAGAUAGAGCUACAUGGUAUCUCCUAUGGCCUGCGAUUGAAAAAGCAAGAAAAGACGGAAAGAGAGCCUUCUUUGUUUGAAUCAAGGCAAUUGUAGAUGGUAAAAAAAUUUAAACUUAAACCACUGCUCUAUUUGAAAAGGGUUCUGAGUUUUGGCUCAAAUUAAAACAGUAUGGCGGUGUAAAGUCUGUUUGCUGUAGACUAAUUACCAUAACUUGUUUAUUUAGCUACAGAAACGGUUUACAUUGUUUGUUUUUUUUUUGUUUUUUUUGUCGCCACUGAUAAUAAGACAUUAUUAUGUGAGGUCACAUAAUUGCUUUUAUAAAGCACUUUGUUACUUAAAUUCAGGAUAACGGGGGUCUCAAGACCAGUGACUUAUUUGUGAUUGAUCUCUGAGAAUGUUGGCGUAAGAUUACCCUUUAUACACUCUCAACACUUACAACGUUUUCUUUCAUUGUUCACUUAAUUGUUCUAUUAAGUUUUCUUCAAGUUCAUGUCAAUCAAAUUUUUUUCUGUCAAUGCCAGGGGCAUAUGAGAUAUGUUAAAAAGAAAAGUCUUUAUUCCUGUUUUGCAAAAGAAAAGAAGCAGAUUUCUGUUUCAUUCAAGAAACUCAUGCCUGCAAAGAAGAUGUGCUUUUUUCUUUUCUUUUUUUUUUGGAAGAGUCAGUGGGGUUGUGACAUCUGGUUUUCUUUUGGAGCUUCAAAUCGAUCAGCAGGGGUCGCUGUUUUAAGGGAUACGUUUUCUGGACAGAUAUUAAGUCACAAAACAGAUGAUCAAGGAAUACGCCUCUACAGUAAGACGGAUCGCCCAGUCUAGCAGCAUGAACAUGAAAGACAGACUUACUAUAGAGCUGCAUGCUGAUGGUCGCCAUGGGAUUGUACGUGUGGACCGUGUCCCUUUAGCUUGUAAAUUAGUGGAUUUACCCUGCAUCCUGGAAUCGCUAAAAACUGUUGACAAAAAGACCCUCUACAAGACUGCUGAUAUCUGUCAGAUGCUGGUAUGCACUUUGGAUGGAGACCUCUACCCCCCUCUAGAGGAGCCCACUGGCACUACUGACUCCAAAAGCAAAAAGAAAGACAAGGACAAAGACAAGAAGUUUGUCUGGAACCACGGCAUUACUCUCCCGCUGAAGAAUACAAGAAAGAGGCGGUUCAGAAAGACGGCGAGGAAGAAGUACAUCGAGUCUCCUGAUGUGGAAAAGGAGGUGAAGAGGCUCUUGAGCACAGAUGCUGAAGCCGUCAGUGUUCGAUGGGAGGUGAUUAAUGAGGAUGAGUUCAAAGAACCUGACAACAAUUUAUCCCUGUCGAACCUGGAUUCCUCACCUGGAACCUCCGGACACAAGGGUCACGGCUCAUCGGUCCAGCACGAUGAGCUUCGGGAGAUCUUCAACGACAUCAGUAGUAGCAGUGAAGAUGAGGACGAGGAGGGCGACCGCCACGACGAUGAAGAUCUCAACAUCAUGGACCCUGAAGACGACAUGGUCAGGCAGCUCCAUGAGAAACUUAACGAGACUGAUGGAGGAAGAGACGAGAAUGACAGGAACAAUCAUAUUGUAAUGGAGUACCAAGUGCAGAUCAACAAUCUGAAGGCCAAGCUGCAGGAGACGCGUGCCCGCAAAAAGCAACAAGAGAAAUUGAUAAUGGAGGUGGAAAAUCAAGCAUUGAGAUAUCGUUUCCAGGCUCUCUUGAAUGACAUGAUCAAUCAAGAGGAGCAAGAGAUGGAACAGCUGGCCUCCCUGCAAGAGCAGUUGGACUCACUGAUCGAGAAGUGAUCCCUGACAGUUACCAAGAUACCGCAAUGCAAAGAACCACCCAGAGAUGACUGCUGAAUGCAUCACCAUGUCAUAACUGAAUUUAAACUUCUGUUAGGAGUUCUGACACAGAAGUUUCUGUAAAUGCUGAUGGAUUCAAAGUUUCUGUAAUGCCUAUCAUGCCUCUUAGGUUGUAUAUACAUUAUGUACUUUUUUGUGGGACUACUUUAAACUGUAGCAUUUUUGAGUAAACUGCAGUAUUUCAAAUAAAUUGGUAGUUGUAACCUGA